ACUACAACUCCCAUAAUGACCUUAGUGUAUCCCAGCACUACCUCGUUGGCCGAUCACCUCCGCAACGUCAAAUCCCGGUCAUUCAAGAACAUUGCUCUCUUCCUUGCUGACAUGUCUGGGCUCUUCAAAGCUAUUUCAACCCGCACGGCUUCGGCUCUGCGGGGAUCCAUGAUCACCCAGAAAGCCAGUGUCUACACUAGACCAGCGAAAGAACCUGUUGGCCCAGUUGAGAGUAUCAUCGGCCUGGGGAUGUUCUCACUGGCUAUCCUGGGACCUUCAGGUUGGAUUCUCGCGAACAUUGAAAACUACAAGAAGAGAGAAUAACUUGACAUGGACUCUUGUCUUUUAACCGGGACUUCUAAUACAUUCUCUUCUGCUCCUGGGACCAUCACUUCAGUAACUUAUAUUUUAAAACCGUAAAACAAAUCCUCAAUCUUAAUGGACUACCUCCAUCUCCAGUUUACUGUCACCACUCCAGUCUGUGGACUGUAUGCCAUUACAAUGGCUGCACAACAUCUCAAGAAUUGUGAAUUUCAUUUGACUUAUUCCAACAAGGAGUAGCCUAUGUUACAAUACAAAUAAAACAUUUAAACUUUGAA